AUGACUGAAUAUGACUACCUGAUUUGCUUACCAAGGCGACCGGUGUGGGGUGGGGCUGCCGAAGGAACAUCAGCCGGGAGUCAAUUCGGCAAUGUGAUUGGCACGGCGUCGAGGUCUGGAACUGAUGGCAGCACGAGCCAACGUCUAAUGCACAACUGCAAGACAAGAAAGAACCCAAAGACCACUUUUUUUUCUGUCUUUCCAUCCUUUCAGCCACACAUAACCCGCACUUGGGCUUUCUAUUCGUCGGCGUUGUUUUGGUUGCUGAGGUAUCUCAUUCUCCCCUGCUGCGGAUACCUGACCUUACCUCACCUUACGGAGGUGCCGACCGAACAAGAACCAAACAUCGGAAAGUGUGAGCCUCACCUUUUCUUGCCCGGGCCACAGAUCGCACCACACACUGCACACUGCACACACUGCACACACUGCACCGACACCGCACAUCCGUCGCAUCUGGUCGUUUGGGACAAAACCUCGCCGGUCCAUUCUCACACCCCCAGAUCAACUUCCACGUCCCCCAGCGACACGUUAUAUCCAUCAGGUGCAUCAGCUCUCUUUCGCGACUCCCGCCUUGGCAGCCACGCCCCACCAAGAGAUCGUCCUCUCUUCAGCCUUGUGCGUACGGAACGUCAAAGAUAUGCUUUGAUUCGAGGCCAACCAAACAAUCCACCUACCAACUCUCUUCUUGCCGAUCCCUCAGCUUCUUCCACAAUCGACCGGCCAGCUGCGUCUCCAAGUGCUUCGCAAUACUCUUGCGCGACAACUCCAACCGACCGUGCACCUGCGACUAUCGGUCGCUCCGGAUCGAAUAUCGACACAUCUACAAAACACUACUCCAGGAACAUCAUACACUCUGGCAGCAACAUGUCUCUUCCCCUGAGCUCUGAAGAUGAGGAUAACUACACGGCCAUCAUAGAUGGCAUCCUUGCGACCGCGGACUUGACGACCAUCACUCGCAAGAAGAUCCGUUUGGGUCUGGAGAAAGCUCUUGGCGGGAAGGACCUGACUGCUCAGAAGGAUGCCAUCAAGGCGCUGAUAGAAGAGCGUUUCGACGCCAUCUCGGGUUCCAACGACGCAGCCCCCGACUCGUACUCCGCAAGUCCCGCCCCGAAGCGCGAAGCCAACGGCCACGACGAUGAUAUUGAUGGCGAGAUUGAGGUGUCCGUCGCGCCUGUCCGGAAGAGACAGAAGCGUGAGGACUCGUCUGAAGACGCCGAUGCCAAGCUCGCUGCGAAGCUACAAGCUCAGGAAAACCAAAUGGCAAGAGGAAGGACAACUCGAGGCGGCAAUGGCGCAAGCAGUAAGGGUACCAAAGCGGCCAAGAAGAAGAAGGCGCCCCGCAAGAAGAGCGACAAGAAGAUUGACGACAGCGACGUCGAGGACAGCGGCGAAGCGCCGAAACGCAAGGCUGGUGGUGGAUUCCAAAAGCCCUUCAACUUGAGCGAGCCGUUGUCUGAGUUGCUUGGCGAACCUCAGCUCUCUCGCCCGCAGGUUGUCAAGAAGCUCUGGGAACACAUCAAGGGCAACGACCUACAGGAUCCGGAAAACAAGAGACAAAUCAUUUGCGACGACAAGAUGCACGCGAUUUUCAAACAAUCCAAGGUGGAUAUGUUCCAAAUGAACAAGAUGAUCGGGGCCCAUCUUUACCCGGUUGAGGAGCAAACUUUCCGGGCGGUUUGGUUGGACAUCCGGGUACAGGCAGCAAAUGGAUGGCGAAUCGCGAAGUGCCUUCUAGUGUGGUUGUUGGAGGAGGAUAUCAGUAGAGGGUGGCUGUGGCUGCAACUGCAGGCUCUACGCUACCUGAGCUACAGCAGAGAAACGAUGAUUACAGAUGAGUCAUUUUGUAUGCAACUCAUAUUGGGGUACCUGAGAAAGACUUCGAAUGCCUCUUGCACCGCCUCGAUGAGUCGAGUGCAAAGCCACAAAUGUGGCCUGGAACCGGCUGGUGACUCCGCGAAGCUCAGCUCGUGGUUGUUGCUGUGUUAUGUAAGCCUCGAAGCUUCUUCAGAUGGCGGCAUGGCGGUAUGGCGAGCACGGAGAAACCCCGGUCGGCGGUCGCUUACCAGAAUGGAAGUUAGCACCCUCAGUGGCAGCAGCUGCCACCUCGACGAGCAAUGGAAGGGGACUUUUUUUGCUGGACCCCGCCAUGAGUUCCCUCCACCCACCAAUGCCAGAGCCAAUCCAACCCACUCGCGGUUCCCUUGGGAGCCACACAUAAUCAUUAAUUUCGACUCACUGCACGCAAUCUGGAACGAGCUGUUCAGUUGCAGCUACACCAACCCACAAGCAAGCUCAACCGACUCGACAGUCUCAUUAUCUACGAGAAAGACGACUGUCCCGAUGGCCGAUACUCACGCUGCCGGCGGCGACUCGAACCCCUCGAGGGGUAAUCGCAACCGUGGAAGAGGUCGCGGCGGCGGUGGUGGAGGUGGAGGAGGAGCCAACGCUGGAACCCGUGGAAGAGGAAGAGGAGGACGUGGCAGAGGCGGGAAUAACGCUGCUGCGUCAACCCAGCCAGAAACCUCGAGCGCAUCACAGGCCCCCGUCACCAAAGCCGAUAACAAGGUGCUCACACGUACGGCUGCAGCGGACGAUGAUACCGCGAGCAGCGACGGAGAGGUGUGCUUCAUUUGCGCAGAGCCCAUCAAGUUCCACUCGAUUGCACCAUGCAACCAUAAGACCUGCCACAUCUGUGGUCUACGCAUGAGAGCCCUGUACAAGACCAAGGACUGUCCUCAUUGUCGAACUGCUUCUCCCUUUGUCGUUUUCACGGACGAUGCGAACAAGCGAUACGAGGACUAUACCGACGCCGACAUCACGAGCUUCGACAGCAACAUUGGCAUCCGAUAUACCAAUGAGGAAAUUGUCGGCGACACUGUCGUGCUCCUGCGAUACAACUGCCCCGCGGAAGACUGUGUCUUUGCCGGCUUAGGCUGGCCAGAUCUUCAUAGACACGUUCGGUCAACGCAUCACAUGAAGAUGUGCGACCUGUGUACCAGAAACAAGAAGGUCUUUACCCAUGAGCAUGAACUCUUUGCGGACAAGGAGCUCGAGAAGCAUAUGAGGCACGGAGACGACAGGCCAGGUGCCAUUGACCAGACGGGCUUCAAGGGACAUCCCCUAUGCGGGUUCUGCGGAUCGCGCUUUUACGACGACGAUAAGCUCUUUGAUCACUGCCGCGAAAAGCACGAGAGAUGUUUCAUCUGCGACCGGAGAGACUCGAGACACCCCCACUACUUUGUCAACUACAAUGCUUUGGAGAAGCACUUUGAGAAAGACCAUUUCCCCUGUCUGGACAAGGAAUGCCUAGAGAAGAAAUUCGUCGUCUUUGAGUCGGAAAUGGACUUGAAGGCGCAUCAACUGGAAGAGCAUGCCAACUCUCUGUCCAAGGAUGUUCGGAGAGAUGCGAGGGUAGUCAACAUGUCAGGCUUUGACUACAGAUCGACAUACGAGACCGAGAGACGUGGAGGAGGUGGCGGCGGUAGAAGCGGCGGCGGUGGUGGUGAUGGCCCCUCCAGCGGACGCCAAGGCCGUGGCCGUGGCCGGGAUCCUAAUGCCGAACCCAUACCUCAUAGCUCUGCGCAACCGCUCCGCCGGGAUGAGCUUGCCUUCCAAAGACAAAUGGCAAUCCACUCGGCACAGUCAGUUUCUAACCGUACCUUUGGCGGUUCGCUCUCCCAGCCAGCGAGUACGACACCCGCUUCUUCGUCUCGCCGAGGUAAUGGUGCGCCGGCGCCUGGAGGUUCAUCACGUCAAGCCCCUGCAGCUGCGGCCGCACCUGCGCCUGCGCUGCCUACGGCCGAGAUGGAGCAGCUCAAUGUGACUGACAUUGCAUCAUUGCCUCCUCAGGAGAGAGCGGUGAUGCUGCGCCACCAAGGCGUCGUUGAGCGCGCUUCAAACCUGCUUGGCCACGACCAGUCUAAGAUGAAGGAGUUCCGCGAUUACAUUUCAAAUUUCCGAAAAGGGAGUUUGACCGCCCCUCAACUGGUGGAUGCCUUCUUCUCGCUCUUCGCUGAUACAUCAUCAAACGCAUUGGGUACAUUGGUCCGUGAAGUUGCUGAUCUAUUCGAGGAUAAGAGCAAGGUCGCGGCUCUGCACAAAGCGUGGCAGGACUGGAGAGCCAUCAACGAAGACUACCCGUCUCUGCCUGGCUUGGGCGGUAUGCACGGCGCGACGACGGCUUCAAGCGGCUGGGCUAGUGCAGCCUCGCCGUCCCCCACUGCGCCAGCUGCUGCACCGAGCUCGAACCAAAAGCACUCCAACCGCGUGUUGAGGCUGAAGAACAGCACCCGAGCCGGCGCCUCGGGGCCUAAACCGGUGGCCCCGGCCGCUUCGGCGAACUGGGUUUCCACGUCGGGCUCCUCUCGCCCUCCAGCGCCAUCGGCCUUCCCUGCCCUCCCCGCGGCCUCGUCCUCCAAGUCGUCGGCACCACAGCCAUCCUGGAUUGGGCCGAACAACCCCUCCGCUUCGAGAUCCUCGGGCUCCGCAGGACCCGUGCGCUCGACGCCGGCCGGUCGACCGCCACCAUCAUCUGCUUUCCCCGCGUUGCCUCCGGCACAGAAGCCCCUCACAACAAUCUUUGGCUAUGGAUCGGGACGAGGUGUGCGACGCGAUCUGGGCGGCGCUGCCAGUAACUUCAGCUGGGGAUCGGCCCCAGGAAGCGGAGCCGCGAGCGAGAAUGUUUCGGAGAGGGAAGACGAGGAAGCUGGUCAGAGCACAGGUGGCAAGAAGAAGAAGGGCAAGAAGGUGCUUGUCCAGUGGGGUUGA